AUGGAUUACCAAUUCACUCCCAAAACUUCUCUCACUCUUUUCGUAACCCUCUCCUUCUUCAUUAUACUCACAAACGCCGUUCCAUCCAACCACGACAUCCACUACGUCAGCCGCGACAUCCUCGCAGACAUCUCCACUCUCUGCGCCAAAACCACAGACCCCCCCCUCUGCGUGCAGACCAUCAAGCCCCACUUCAGCGAUAGCUCCCUCGAGCCCUUGAAGGCGCUCGACGUCGAAGUGGACGCCACGCUCGACGGCGCCAAAAAAACCCUGCAGAAAAUUCAUACACUGGAAUCCAAAAAGGGCAACAACAAGUCCACCAAAGAUUCGCUCAACACGUGCGAGGACCAGUACAGCAGCAUGCUCGACGCCAUUGCCGAAACUAAAGCUGCCAUCAAGAAAAACGACGUCAUCACCGCCAAGUUCAAGUUCAGCGCCGUCCUCUCUUACCAGGCCGCUUGCCAGGACUCCUUCAACGGCAAAGACCCCUUCAGGGAGGACUCCCAGGUCGUUUUCAACCUCGGAGGGAUCGCCUUGGACAUCAUUGCCGCCAUUGAAAAGGCCAUGGGUCCUCCCCGCACGACACCGGUGCAACAAGGCCCUUCCUCCUUCAGCAGCGUCAUCGGAACCGUCUCAUAA